CGAAUCAGUUCCAGUACUUGUUCGAACUCUUCGAUCCAGCGUUCGCUCCUUGCUGGAGAGAGGAGGGCAUGGAAGCGAACGGGUCGGAGAUCGUGUUCUUCGACGUGGAGACGACGGUGCCGAGCCGCUCUGGCGAAAGGUUCGCGCUGCUGGAAUUUGGGGCCAUUCUCGUCUGCCCGCGACGGCUGGUGGAGGUCGGGUGCUACUCCACCCUCAUCCGCCCCGCGGACCUCGCCGCCAUUUCCUCCGUUUCCAUCCGCUGCAACGGCAUCGGCCCCGACGUCGUCUCCACCGCCCCGACCUUCCACGACGUCGCUGACCGCGUUUUUGACGUGCUCAACGGACGAGUUUGGGCAGGGCACAAUAUUAUUAGGUUUGAUUGCCCUCGGAUAAGAGAGGCGUUUGAGGAGAUCGGGCUGGCGGCUCCUGAGCCCAAGGGCAUAAUUGAUACAUUGCCUUUGCUUACUCAAAAAUUCGGCAGACGAGCUGGGGACAUGAAAAUGGCUAGUUUGGCAACUUACUUUGGGCUCGGACAACAGAAACACAGGAGCCUAGAUGAUGUUCGAAUGAACCUUGAAGUUCUCAAGUGUUGUGCUGCAGUUCUGUUCUUGGAGGUGAGUCUCCCAGAUGUUUUUUCUCUUGAUAAUUUGGUGCCCAACGGUAUUACAUCAAGAACAGCGGCCUACUGGAAUGCUUCUCGUUCUCAGCAAAAUCUGUACUCACCUUCUGACGAAUUCAAUGAUCAGCAAAUAAACAGACAUAUUUUGAAUACCAGUGAUCAAGCUGGACCUAGUACUCCUGUAUCUGAGGAUCUUUCCAACAUGGCGGUGAAAAUGAACAUAGACUUGUUACAGUCUGACACACAGUUGGCCCAAAUAACAUCUGAUUGUGACAUUAUUUCUACCUCAGUUCCUACUGAAAAUUCCCAUGGGUAUGCUGGAUUUUUGGAGGUUGAUCAAGUGUUACCAAACAAGAUCAGAGCACCUACAAUCCAAAGUUCUCGAAAGAUUGUUCUACUUUACAGAGAUUGUCCCUUGCAGCUUUUUUGUACGGGGAUGAUGAUUCAUUUUGGUGUCAACUCAAGAUUCAUAGACUAUGCCGGCCGCCCAAAGCUAAGUAUUGUGGUGGGUGCUCCAGAGAACUUAUGCAAGGUUUUGGAUAUCUGCGACCAAGUUGCUCAAGUAGCAUCUCAGAAUUCUGAUAGCAACUCUGAAUGGCGACCUGUGCUAAAGAGGCUUGGCCACUCAAAUACCUUCACUAUUCGUCUGCACAUCCCUACUGUGGCUAAUCGUGAUGGGGCCAUAUACUCCACUGAGAUGUACCACAAAGAUCCUUCUGGGAAUAUGCAGAAGCUUGUUUUCAGCAGAUUAGAUGCCUCUGAGCUUGAAACAAUAUUUGUGCCAGGAACUACAGUUGAUGCUUAUUUCAAUACAGACAUCUAUGAUUUCCAACAGAAUGCAGGCAUCAAAUUGGUAGCCAGGAGAUUGGUUGUGGUCUCCAAAUAGGAAAAAAAAAAAUAGAGUAAGGUUUCAUCAGUAAUAUGUAGUGCAAAUUAUGGUGGUUGAAUGGCAGCAACCACAUUGUGGUAGGGGGUGAUGUAACUUAAUCUAUCUUUCAUUGACAUUUAUCCAUGAUAAUUGAUCUUGCUAAAUGCAAAAAUAUUAUAAUCUUUUAUUUA